AUGGCACCUCCAAGUGAGGAGACACCCCUGAUUUCUCAGCGGUCCUGCAGCCUCUCCUCUUCCGAGGCUGGUGCGCUGCACGUGCUGCUGCCCCCUCGGGGCCCUGGACCCCCACAGUGCCUGUCCUUUUCCUUUGGGGACCACUCAGCUGAAGACCUGUGUGUUUGCGCUGCUAAGGCCAGUGGCAUCCUGCCCGUGUACCACUCCCUCUUUGCUCUGGCUUUGGAAGACCUGUCUUGCUGGUUCCCCCCAAGCCACAUCUUCUCCGUGGAGGACACGGGUACCCAGGUCCUCGUCUACAGGCUCCGCUUUUACUUCCCCAACUGGUUUGGACUAGAGAAGUGCCACCGAUUUGGGCUACGAAAAGACUUGGCCAGCGCCAUCUUGGAUCUGCCAGUCCUGGAGCACCUCUUUGCUCAGCACCGCCAUGACCUGGUGAGCGGCCGCCUCAGGGUAGGCCUCAGCCUCAAGGAACAGGGUGAGUGUCUCAGCUUGGCUGUUCUGGACCUGGCCCGGAUGGCCCUCGAGGAGGCUCAGCGGCCCGAGGAGUUGCUGAAGACGGUCAGCUACAAGGUCUGCCUGCCCCCUGGCCUACGCGACCUGAUCCAGGGUUUGAGCUUCGUGACUCGGAGACGCAUCCGAAGGACAGUGCGCCGGGCCUUGCGCCGCGUGGCGGCCUGCCAGGCUGACAGGCACUCGCUCAUGGUCAAGUACAUCAUGGACCUCGAGCGGCUGGAUCCAGACAGGGCCGCCGAGACUUUCCGUGUGGGUCUCCCCGGCGCUGCUGGCGGUCAGGAUACGCCGGGGCUGCUCCGUGUGGCUGGUGGCAGUGGCAUCGCCUGGAGCCCAGGAGAACACGAGGUCCUCCAGCCCUUCUGCGACUUUCCAGAAAUCGUGGAUAUCAGCAUCAAGCAGGCUCCGUGCAUUGGCCCGGCUGCGGAGCAUCGCCUGGUCACCAUCACCAGGACAGACAAUCAGAUCCUGGAGGCCGAGUUCCCGGGGCUUCCCGCAGCGUUGUCCUUCGUGGCGCUCGUGGAUGGCUACUUCCGGCUGACCACGGACUCGCGGCACUACUUCUGCAAGGAGGUGGCGCCGCCGCGGCUGCUGGAGGAGGUGGCUGAGCAGUGCCAUGGCCCCAUCACCCUGGAUUUUGCCAUCCACAAACUCAAGACUGAGGGCUCACGUCCCGGCUCCUAUGUCCUCCGCCGCAGUCCCCAGGAUUUCGACAGCUACCUCCUAACUGUUUGUGUCCUGACCCCGCUGGGCCCGGAUUAUAAGGGCUGCCUCAUCCGGUGCGACCCCACAGGAACCUUUUCCCUGGCUGGCCUUGGCCGUCCCCACAGCAGUCUUCGAGAGCUCCUGGCAGCCUGCUGGAAUGGCGGGUUGCAUGUGGAUGGGGUUGAGCUAUACCUUACCUUCCGCUGCAACCCCAGACCUAAAGAAAAGUCCAAUCUGAUUGUGGUCCGGAGAGGCUGCAACCCACCCACAUCAUCCCCUGUUCAGCCCCAAUUCCAGUGCCAGCUGAGUCAGAUGACAUUUCACAAGAUCCCUGCUGACAGCCUGCAGUGGCAUGAGAACCUAGGUCACGGGUCCUUCACCAAGAUUUAUCGGGGCUGUCACCAUGAGAUUGUGGAUGGGGAGGCCCGAGAGACAGAGGUGCUGCUCAAAGUGAUGGACGCCAAGCACAAGAAUUGCAUGGAGUCAUUCCUGGAAGCAGCGAGCUUGAUGAGCCAAGUGUCAUACCAGCAUCUCGUAUUGCUCCACGGCGUGUGCAUGGCUGGAGACAGUAUCAUGGUUCAGGAAUUUGUACGCCUGGGAGCACUGGACACAUAUCUACGCAAGUGUGGCCACCUAGUGCCAGCCAGCUGGAAGCUACAGGUGAUCAAACAGCUGGCCUAUGCCCUCAACUAUCUGGAAGACAAAGGUCUCCCUCAUGGCAAUGUGUCAGCCCGGAAGGUGCUCUUGGCUCGUGAGGGGACUGAUGGGAACCUGCCUUUCAUCAAGCUGAGUGACCCGGGUGUCAGCCCCACUGUGCUAAGCCUGGAGAUGCUCACUGACAGGAUCCCCUGGGUGGCCCCUGAAUGUCUCCAGGAGGCCCGAACACUUGGCUUGGAAGCUGACAAGUGGGGCUUUGGAGCCACAGUCUGGGAGGUGUUCAGUGGUAUCACAGUGCCCAUCAGCAUCCUGGAGCCUGCCAAGAAGCUCCAGUUUUACCAGGAACGGCAGCAGUUGCCUGCCCCCAAGUGGAUGGAGCUGGCCCUGCUGAUCCAACAGUGCAUGGCCUAUGAGCCAGACCAGAGGCCCUCUUUCCGCGCUGUCAUCCGUGACCUGAACAGCCUCAUCACUUCAGAUUAUGAGCUCCUCUCAGACCCCACACCUGGCACCCUGGCGCCCCGUGAUGGGCUCUGGAAUGGCACCCAGCUCUAUGCCUGCCAGGACCCUACCAUCUUUGAAGAGAGACACCUCAAGUACAUCUCGCAGCUGGGCAAGGGCAACUUUGGCAGCGUGGAGCUGUGCCGCUAUGACCCGCUGGGCGACAACACAGGGGCCCUGGUGGCCGUGAAGCAGUUGCAGCAUAGUGGGCCAGAACAGCAGCGGGACUUCCAGCGGGAGAUCCAGAUCCUCAAAGCCCUCCACAGUGACUUCAUUGUCAAGUACCGGGGUGUCAGCUAUGGCCCAGGCCGCCAGAGCCUGCGGUUGGUCAUGGAGUAUCUGCCCAGCGGCUGCCUGCGCGACUUCCUGCAGCGGCACCGCGCCCGCCUCGACGCUGGCCGCCUGCUCCUCUACGCCUCACAGAUCUGCAAGGGCAUGGAGUACCUGGGCUCCUGCCGCUGCCUGCACCGCGACCUGGCAGCCCGGAACAUCCUGGUGGAAAGCGAGACGCACGUCAAGAUCGCCGACUUCGGCCUCGCCAAGCUGCUGCCUCUCGACAAAGACUACUACGUGGUCCGCGAGCCAGGCCAGAGCCCCAUCUUCUGGUAUGCCCCAGAGUCCCUCUCGGACAACAUCUUCUCGCGCCAGUCGGAUGUCUGGAGCUUCGGAGUCGUCCUGUACGAGCUAUUCACCUACAGCGACAAGCACUGUAGCCCCUCAGCCGAGUUCCUGCGGAUGAUGGGAUGUGAGAGAGAUGUUCCAGCCCUCUGCCGCCUCCUGGAGCUGUUGGCCGAGGGCCAGAGGCUGCCCGCACCUCCUGCCUGUCCUAGUGAGGUUCAUGAGCUCAUGAAGCUGUGCUGGGCCCCUAACCCUCAAGACCGGCCAUCAUUCAGUGCCCUGGGCCCCCAGCUGGAUGCACUGUGGAGUGGAAGCCGGGGAUAGUGUCCAGAGGCAUGAGACGCU